AAAGAAGAAAAUUUAGGUUAAAUGUUUUGCACAUGCAUUUGAAAUAAGUUCGGUUUUUGAAUAUUUUUCAAUUCAAAAAGCCGUAAGAUGUCUUCCGAAGAAAUGGAGGUUGCUGAAACCAACCAUAGCGAAAAUGAAGACUUAAACGAAACCGAAGAAAUGGAUGAAGGCGACGAAAACGGUAAAAGUGAUGCACCGAAAGAGGUUUAUUUGCCCGCAAAACAGCUAGAGGAAGGCGAAGAACUCGUCUGUGAUAAGUCCGUUUACGUUAUGUACCACCAAGCUACCACGAGCAGUCCUUGCCUUAGUUUCGACGUUAUUAAGGAUAAUUUGGGAGACAACAGGGAUACUUUUCCACUAACAGCUUAUGUAGUAGCGGGUACUCAGUCACCGCAAGCUCAUACGAAUAACAUUAUCGUAAUGAAACUGUCCAACAUGCAUAAAACCGGCAAGGAAAACGAUGAUGAUGAGGAAGAGGAUUCAGACGAGGAAGAUGAAGAUGAAGAAAAGAAACCCAAAAUGGCCGGUGCACUAAUCAAACAUCAAGGAACAGUAAAUAGGAUAAGGUCUACUGUAUAUGGUGAGGUUGUAAUCGCAGCAUCUUGGAGCGAAUUAGGAAAAGUAAACUUAUGGAAUUUAACUACCCAACUUCAAGCUGUAGAUAACGAUGCAAAAUUAGUUAAAUACAACAAAGAGCAAUCCAACACAGUUAAACCUAUUUACACUUUUACCGGCCAUCAAAAAGAAGGCUUUGCACUGGAUUGGUGUCCUACAGCUUCUGGUACGUUGGCUACCGGAGAUUGCAAGCGUGAUAUACAUAUCUGGAAACCGGGCGAUAAUCUCACCAGCUGGGCAGUAGAUCAAAGGCCUUUAGUUGGACAUACGGAUUCAGUGGAGGAUAUCCAGUGGUCACCUAACGAAAGAAGCGUGCUGGCAUCGUGUUCUGUAGAUAAAAGUAUAAGGAUUUGGGAUGUGAGAGCAGCACCCAACAAAGCCUGCAUGUUAACUGCCGAUAACGCGCACGAAUCCGACGUUAAUGUUAUUAAUUGGAAUAAAAAUGAACCUUUUAUUGUUAGUGGUGGCGAUGAUGGAGUUUUACGUGUAUGGGACUUGAGAAAAUUCAAAGAUAAAACCCCCUUGGCUAUUUUUAAACACCAUACAGCGCCUAUUGUAAGCGUGGAAUGGCAUCAUACUGAUGCACCCGUAUUUGCAUCAGGUGGAGCGGAUAAUCAAAUUGCUCUGUGGGAUUUAUCAGUAGAAAAAGAUGCGGAAAACAGUAGCGAAGAAGUAGAGGGCUUACCACCACAAUUGUUGUUCAUUCACCAAGGACAGAAUGACAUUAAAGAACUUCACUGGCAUCAGCAAUUACCAGGUGUUAUAAUAAGUACAGCUGAAAGUGGUUUUAAUAUAUUUAGGACGAUAAGUGUAUGAAUAAAAAAUUGGAAUGUC